AUGGACAUAGACAGUCAGUUGCCACUGCAGUCGGCACCGCCGUCAGUCGAUCAUGGCGCUGUCCUCAGUCCAAACGCUGACAGUUACACCACAGAUGCAGCGACGCCGACCAACAAGAGAAAGUACCAAGAUUUGAUACAGUCUGGUGCCGUUUCUCAUGCUCUUGUCGGCACCACUUCCUCCCCGCCACCCUCGUCCUCUUCCUUGCCACCCUCGUCACCCCCGCAUCCUUAUCGCUCUGCAUCUUCAACGCCAGUACCGCAGUCCACCUCGGACGCACAGAAAGUUUACAUCGCCCGUACGGCUCCACACCUUCUGGGGCGCGGACCGACACCCUCCAGCUCGAGAACCCCCUCGGUACCUACGUCGGGCAGAUCUAGUCCUACCUCGGACGAUGGCUGUUCAACGCCCGAUGGCACCUCCUCCACACCUACCUCGUCGAAUCAAUCGCAUCACUCCUUGCCGGAAGGCUAUCGCGGCCCGGCACUCCGCAAGAACGAUGCCGAGGAUUUUGCCGCUUCGCCUCACCUUGCUCCCACCGUGGGCUCGGCAACUCUCUUCCAUACUGUCAAUUUUGCAGUUAAUCGCAAUGGCUGGCGAUACACAGCCGCCGGUCCCGCCAGUCAGCAUCUCCCCAAGACGCUCUUUAAAACGCUCGUAACCCGUCCAGCAAGCGUACACUGGUGCUGGUCCGACCGCUCCCCCUUCACCAAGAUUUCGGCUGAUGCUGACAUUGUCUCUACUGACAAAGGUUUCCGCAGCGCACGAACCAACAUUGGCGUUCGUCAAGGCGAGUGGUAUGCCGAAAUUGAGAUUCUCCCUCCCGAGCAUCUGACGGUUGGAGUUGGUGCUCCAGGUUCGCUUCCAGCACCCAUGAAGGAUGGCCCGCAUGUUCGUCUCGGGUGGGGCAGAAGAGAAGCUCCUUUGAACGCGCCUGUAGGCUUUGAUGGCUAUUCGUACGGCUUGACGGACAAGGCUGGAGACAAGGUGACUCUGUCGCGACCUCUACCUUACGGUAAGCCUUUCAAAGCAGGUGACGUCGUUGGAAUGUACAUCAAACUUCCAGAAGAAACAACGCCCAAAGACGACAACGACCCUGCCAAUAUUAAGCGCGAACGAAUCGCCAUCCGUUACAAGGGCCAGCUCUACUUUGAAAGCCUUGAAUAUCCACGCACAAGAGAAAUGGAGCAGCUCAUGGAACGCAGUCGAAAGGGCAACAGCAUUGAAGAUGCGCUCAAGGGCAUCGAUGGAACCGGCAUCUUUGAGCCGCAAAACACAGCUCUUUCUUCCACUGCUGCGGCCGACGGCGCUACCGGAAUUGCCGGUUCUAUGAUUGGUAAUGGCGCAAGUGUGCCGUCAGCCGGUAGUGGCGUCCUUUCCGGUGGUGGCGGAGGCUCCGCCAAAGUCAAGAACCGCAAAAAUCCCGGUAGCAAGGAAAAGCCCUCAGGACCCACACCACCAUCGCUCCGACCAAUCCCCAAGAUGCUUGGAUCCAAGAUCGGCUUUUUUGUCAAUGGUGAGCCACAGGGCAUCGCUUUCCGAGAUCUCUUCGAUUUUCGUCCGCUCCGUGUCAGGGGUUUCUCGGGUCUCAAACCGGCAGCUCACAAAUCCACCUCCUUGUCUUCACGCUCAAGCAAGCAAGACACAGCCAAGAAGGGUGACCCUACAGAGCCAGUCAUCAACGUCAAGCCGCGCGAAAACAUCUUUGACGAUGGCGAACUUGGCUACUUUGCCUUCGUUUCCAGCUACGGUGGAGCGAGGGCCAAACUCGUCACUGGCGAGAACGGGUUCCGCUUUCCACCACCAGACGACAUUGAGGCAGCACUGGAAAAGGUCGACUCUUCGAGCUCAGACUCGAUGCAGAUCAAGCCGGAGGCGUCCACUGAGGCAUUCAGGAGAUGGAAACCUCUAUCAGCGCGAUUCGAAGAGCACCUGCACGAGAUGUGGGCGUACGAUUUGCAAGACGAAGUCAAAGCGCAGGCCAUGGCGGAUAAGCUAGCAGAGGAAAAAGCGAGACGCAACAACGCUGCAAAGGAGAGGUAUGCGGCCGCCAAGAGGAGGCACGCUGCUGCGCUCGCUAGGAAUGCCACGGCUAGUCCGGCUCCUGCACGUGUACAGGACGACGACGACGCGGAUCAGACCAUCACCGCUGAGGCAGAGCACAUGGAUGUGGAUGAGCAAGCAAACGCCGCGGCGGCUAGGUCGGAUGCUAAUACUGGCAGUGUGGGCGGUAUGUCGGUUCCACCGCCCGCGGCAGUGUAUGACGGCGAUGCUGCUCGGACAUCUUCCACGCACGUUCAUCUACCGCCGCAUGCUCGCCUCGAAGAUGCGGCUCAACAGCGGUCUUGGUCGCGCGCGGCUUCGCCAGAAGACCCGACUAGGACCGUUUCUCCCACACCCCAUCCACAUGAGAAGUUGGACGAUGUCGUGAUGCGUGAUGUUGAAGAACGCCAAGCCUGCAACGGCAAAGUGUCUGCAUUUGUAUAA